AUGUCGAAUAACUUAGCCAAGCCACAAGAAUCAGCAUCAAAUAAGCUACCCCUAGAGGGGCCUUUGCUUGACCCACCAAAAACUCGAGGCCCUGGCUCGGUCCACAAGACCUUAGCCAGUGCCGCUAACCUUGCAAACCUUUUGCCAACAAGCACAGUCCUUGCAUUCCAAGCCCUCGUCCCUCCCUUCUCACACAAUGGUUUAUGCCAUCUUGUCAACAAAUACCUCACCAUUUCUCUGAUCACGGUAUUUGCUCUUAUCUGUUUCCUGUCCUCCUUCACUGAUAGCUUCAUUGGCUCCAACGGUAAGCUCUACUAUGGCAUUGCCACCCGUAAGGGGCUCUACGUGUUCAAUGUGUUGAAAUGGGAAGAGGAGGAGAGGGAAAGUAGUGGAGAUGCAAAAGACUUGAGCAAGUACAGGAUUAUGUUCAUAGACUUUGUUCAUGCAUUUGUGUCAUUGGUUGUGUUCUUGGUGUUUGCCUUAGGUGAUGCUCAUGUCUUAAAGUGUUUUCUUGGCGAUUCUGCAGAUAAUGACUGGGUUAAUUCAUUGCUUCUGAAUUUACCCCUUGGAGUCGGAGCUUUGUCGAGCUUCUUGUUCCUUCUCUUUCCUACUAACCGCAGAGGAAUUGGAUAUGCAGACAUGGCUGCUAUUUGA